AUGGAGAAAUUUAGGAAUUGCGUGGUCCUGACCAGAGUAGGAGGGUUUUACGAACUUUACUUUGAACAAGCUGAAGAACUAGCUCCUUUACUCAACAUCAAGCUCGCGUCCAAGAAGACGAACGCCGGACCGGUGCCCAUGGCAGGCUUCCCUUUCUUCCAGCUCGAUCGCUUUCUCAAGGUCCUCGUGCAAGAUCUGAACAAAUAUGUUGCCGUGAGCGAAGAGUUUAUGAAUCCAGUCGAGGAAAAGUCAAAGUCGGGAGGGUUGCUGUUCGAUAGAAAGGUUACCAGAGUGAUCACACCAGGAACAUUGAUUGACGAGAAAUUCAUCGAUACUUCACAAAACAAUUUUUUAUUGUCGCUUUAUCUUGACACGGAGUAUUAUAAGUCACAGACUGGACAUGAAGGAAACCCGUUUUCUGUCGCACACUUGCUAUCUUCAUCCUCUCAACGAGUUGGACUAGCUUGGAUGGAUCUGUCUACGGGCGACUUCUACACGCAGGUAACCACAACUGAAAUGCUUCCAUCAGUGAUUGCCAGAAUCGGUGCUCGAGAGAUUGUUGCCGAUCAGCGACUGCAGAAUCUUCUAGGGCAAGAGCUGCAGAUGUUGGUGGGCAUAGAUCACCAGCUUCUUACUUUCUUCGAUGGGCCUAAGAGCACGCAACCCAUGGCAGAAUGGACUCACAUGUUAGAAGCCCCUGUGGCCCCGCAAGUAGAAUCUUCGUUUACCAGUGAGGAGGUGGCGGCCGGGUUUAACCUCCUAGAAUACGCCCGUGUUCAGCUUCAAGGAGUGGGCAUGAAGCUACAGCCACCUCGACGACGACAUCUCAAUGAGUCAAUGGGGAUUGACCGCAAUAGUUUCAGAGGUCUGGAGAUAUUGGAGACGACCAGAGAUAGUCUAGGUAAAGGCAGCCUUCUUCAUGCUGUUCGCAGAACGGCUACGAAAAGCGGAGCUCGCCUUCUUCGAGAUAGACUUACCUCGCCGUCGACUUCCUUGUCCGUAAUUAACGAGCGCCUUGAUCUCGUUACUUAUUUCCUCGAGGUUGGAGAAAUACGAGACACCAUUAUAUCCCUUCUCAAAAGAAGUUACGAUGCACAACGGCUUGUACAGAAGUUCACGUUAGGCCGAGGAGAUCCGGAUGACUUGAUAUGUUUGUCUAGGGCUAUCGAAGCCUCACGUGAAGUACGCCGGGUACUUUCGGAUCAACAAAAUCGCGGUAUUUUCAGUGCUGAAGACAUUCACCAGAGCAUGGCGACGCUUAUCCGUAGAUUACAUUUGGAUGGCCCAAUACAGCUAGCAGAGAAAAUUCUUGCCGCCAUCGAUGAAGAAGGUCUCUUGCAAAAGCAUCGAAUCGAGGAUGGUCAGGCAGCUGAAGCGGCUGGUCUUGCACAGGAUGUCGUUAUGAGCGAAGGAUUGCCCGAAGAUGUAGAUUCCAUGCCUCGAAAAGUCCGAUUCAAAACGACGGGCAGACCAGGUAUCACGGUCGAGUCGGAUCGAGGAGACGUAGACACAUGGAUCAUGCGACAAAAUGCUACCGAGGCUCUAGCACGGCUACACGAUGGUCUUGAUGGGCUCAAACAAGAAAAAUCGGAUCUUACAAAUAAAUUGCAAGAUCAGGUAGGUUCAUCCAUGCUGACACUGAAAUGGACACCUGGCCUCGGUUAUAUCUGUCAUGUCAAAGGGGUGAAAAUAUCACAGAAAGCGCUUGAAGACUUGGGUGUCACCAGGAACGUUUCCUCCACAAAGUCUACACGGUCGUUCUACUUACCUGCCUGGUCACAGUUGGGCGCGCGCAUAGACCAAGUCAAAGUCCACAUCCGUGCUGAAGAACAACGAAUUUUCGAAGACCUUCGCCGUGAAGUCAUCCUCAAUCUUGUGAAGAUUCGUCGCAAUGCAGCUGUCAUGGACGAAUUAGAUGUUGCUUGCUCAUUCGCCACUCUGGCAAACGAGCAAAACAUGGUGCGACCCAUUCUAAACACCGCCACAUCGCAUCGCAUCGUCGGUGGCAGACACCCAACAGUGAAACUAGGACUUGAAGAACAAGGCCGGCGUUUCGUCAGCAACGACUGCUUCAUCGGUGACCAAGAGCGGAUCUGGCUCAUAACUGGACCGAAUAUGGGAGGUAAAAGCACAUUCCUGCGGCAAAACGCACUUAUCACAAUCCUAGCACAAGUCGGAUCCUUUGUUCCGGCAGAGUAUGCAGAGAUCGGAGUUGUGGAUCAAAUAUUUAGCAGGAUUGGGGCAGCAGAUGACCUAUUCCGAGAUCAAUCAACAUUCAUGGUCGAGAUGCUGGAGACUGCGGCGAUUCUAAAACAAGCAACCCCACGUUCAUUUGUUAUUAUGGACGAGGUCGGGCGAGGAACCACUCCCGAAGAUGGCACUGCUGUUGGAUACGCAUGCCUCCAGCAUCUGCAUAACGUGAAUCGCUGUCGAACAUUGUUCGCAACGCACUUUCAUUCCUUGGUAGACAUGACUGCUGGGUUUGAGCAAUUAGGUACCUAUUGCACAGACGUCAAGGAGAGUCCAUCCGGCUCGUUUUCGUUUGUGCAUCGGUUACGCAAGGGUGUUAAUCGCCAGUCCCAUGCGCUGAAGGUGGCUCGACUGGCAGGUCUGCCAGAAAGCGUAAUCGUCGUGGCCGAGAAUGUGCUUCGUCAGAUGCAAGCAUCCACGGAGACUGACUGGUCCAAUAAUUCCAAAAUUGCCAGCAACGGAUAG